CUGCCAUCAAAAAUAAACGAUGAAUAUGAAUCAUUGCACUAUCCUCAUAUAACGCCGCAACAAUACAACGCAUAAUAUACGGGUUUGUAUUCGUUCAAAAUAUUAGUUUUUUUAUUUCGUAUUACAAAGAGUAAAGUGCAUAUAAAUUAUUUUGUGUAAUACUGUUACACAAUUCGUUCAAAGUCCAACAUCACCCCGGAACAGAAACGGAUACAAAUACUAGAGUUACAGUUCGUAUAUAUACGCGCAUACACAAAAAAAUAGUCACCCACCUACCCACUUACGAACGCAUACAUACAUCGCACACAUAAGCACGAACACUGGCACAUAGUAAUUAAAAAAAAUACGUAAACCAUCAAGGAGAACGACAUUUUUAGAGCAAGAGAGAGAAAUAAAUACUUUAAUUAUUGUUGUUUUAAAAUCUGGUUAGUACUUACUGUUAUUUUAAUUGUUAUUAAUGGAGAUAUAUAUGUAUAUAAAUGUCAUUAAAAACACGGAGUAGUUAACCACUAAUAAAUCAACUCUGAAUACUUAUAAAUAUAUAUAAAAAAAUCUUUUUGAAAUUAAAAUUACAUUGGGUCAAAUUUGACUGGAACUUCUGUUAUCAUUGUAUGCUACUUGUAUCGGAUUUGGAAAUACCAUCAUUUUCUUUCCCAUUAAUCCAUAUAAUUUACCAACUGCUUAAAUACUAUCAUCAACAACCAACUUGAUAGCAAAGAAUCUGUCAGGUAAUAGCAUACACGACCACGAGGAAACAUUUGGAUCAUUUAUACUUACUACUAUUACUACUACCAAUAUUCACAAAUUAUUUCACAUGUUAUUUAGUUCAGAGUUAUUUUCUCGAAAGCCUUCGUCAGUGACUCAUUUGAUUCUAUUAUUCUUUACUAUAUAUUCUAUUCCGAUUAAAUUAAUUCAUGGGAGUUGUGAACCAGCUCAAUUUGUAAUUAUAUGUACCAAUGAAUUCCCAUCAAGUUCAUUUCUAAAUAAUUUAACUGGUAAAUAUGAAUUGAUUAUACAAAGUGUAAAAACUAAACUAGAAGUUAAAUCAUUUGAAAAAUAUCAAGGUGCACAAAUUAAACGUUUACAAAUCGAAAAAUCCACGAUUUAUUCAAUUGAACCGAAAUUUUUUAAUAUAUUUAGUCGUAAUAGUCUAGAACGUUUAUCAUUGAGUAAUGUCGAUGGUCCGUAUCGUUUGGAUGCUCAAUCUUUAGCUGGUCUAAGUGAAAAAUUAAAUACAUUACGUAUUAAUGAUCAUGCAUUAGAUAACAUUGAUGAUUUUGUUAUAUUAAAUAAAUUAACACGAUUAUAUCUUGUUCGAACACAUUUAACACAAUUACCAAAUAAUUUUAAACAAUUGUUAACACAUUUAGAAGACAUUAACUUAUCUGAAAACUUAUUAACUUAUAUACCAUGGAAAGAACUAGCUGAACGUAUACAAAAUGAUCAAUUUUUAAAAAUUCAACUAGGUAAAAAUUUAUGGAAUUGCGAUUGUAGUGUAAAACCAUUAAUCGAAUUGAAACCCGAAGCGAAAGCUAAAGUUUAUGAAUUUCGUUGUCAUGCCCCGGAAAACUUGAAAUCUCGCGAACUGACUGAAUUAACAGUUGAUGAUAUAUGUAAAGAAGAAUUAAGUCAAUCAGUGAUACCAUCGGAAGAUUUAUCAUCAAAUUAUAAUAUCGGUGUAUUCGAUCAGUAUCAACCAACUGGACAAGACAAUAGUAAUCAACAACAAAAUGGCGAUUUCGGUGAAACAUCUGGUCGUCAUGAUUUGAAACCAGUCAAUGCAGAUGGUAAUGAACAACAAUUGGCCACUGCUGGUAGUAGUGGUAUUUCCACUGAAAUGAUCAUUGUAAUUUGUGUUGUCAUAGCAUGUAUUAUUGUUAUCAUUAUAAGUUUAAUUGUUUAUUCGUCACGUAAACGUGCACAACGUAGAAAACAACAAGAGAGAAAUCUUGGUGUUUCACAUAAAACAAAUUCAUAUUGUGCUGUCAUUGAACAUAAUCCAUCAAGUCGUACACCAAGUGAAAAACAAGCCACUUCUCAAUCACCAUAUAAUAAUUAUUCUCGUGGUAUUUCACAGCCAGAGAAGGAACCUUUAGCUCAUGGCUAUGGUAAUUAUCGAGAUGGACGUUUGUAAAGGAAUGAAAAACAAACUGUUAGUAGUGAAGAUGGUGCUGAGAAUAGUGAUCCUUCCUCGUUUAUCUUGUUUUUACCAAAUUUUUUUCCGAUUGUUUCACAAAAUAAAAAUUAUCCCCACCUUACACAUAUAUUUUUUCACUAAUUAACAAGUAUACUCAUGUUUAAUUUAUGCUGAAUGGAAACUGAUUGUUUACGCUUCUCUUCUUUGAAAAAUUGCGAGAAUAGCAGAAAAUUAAAAUUUUUAAAAAUUCUAUUGACAUUUUCAUUCCACACUUCUCAUUCUAUUCAACGUUCCAAUUGAUCUAGUUAAUUUCUGAUUAAAACAACAGAAAAUGCCAAUAGCAAUAUCAUGCAACUCAAAUAGAUACAUAUGUUCGGACAGACUUAAACACUGGUAAAGAUCAAUUAGAUGAAAAACUGAUAUGAUAAUUUAGAUUAUUGAACUGUAUGUUAUAUGUAUUCAAUUAUUUUAUUGAAUAUCGAUUGAAAUAAGAUUUGGUUGUAACGUUAAUUGAAAUUCGACCUAUUUUAUUACAUUUUAGUCGUACUUUACACGAAUAAUUAUUCUGUAAAAUAUAACAUCUCUCUGUAUAUAUAUA